ACCAAGUCAGGUUUGUGUUCAUCACUGCGCAUACAAACAGUAUGGCUGAAUCCGACGCGAAAGCGUCGCAAGCCCCCAAUCCAUCGCAGAAUGCCGCGAAGCCGCCAAAGCCUCCGAACCCUGUGUGGAGGAUGAUGGGUUUGCCCAACUUCCGCUGGAAGCUUCCCUCGCGGAAUUGGAUGAUUUUCCUCUCCAUCACUGGCUCGUGGACGGCCGCUGUUGUUUACGACCGUCGUGAGAAGAAGCGCAUACAGCAGAAAUGGACGAAGAUGGUCGAACACAUCGCGAAAGAAUCGGUGAACGAGCGCCAGAUGCCGCGCAAGCUUACCAUAUAUCUCUCGGCUCCGCCGGCUGAUGGACUAGUAGCUGCGCGCGACCACUUCAAUGAGUACGUGAAGCCAAUACUGGUCGCGGCGGCACUGGACUGGGAUGCGGUAGAGGGAAGAAGAGAGGGCGAUGUCAGAGCAGGGCUGGCGGAGAGGAUACGCAGGCUGAGGUGGAAGAGAGGGGAGACCAUCAAGGAUGAGCCUGAGCUUGACACAAAGGACAUCGUGGAGGAUUUGAGGCUGAGGGCCGGUGUUCCAGAGUGGAAUGGGCCAGCGGGUGACAUAGUGAUUGGGAGACAUACCUGGAAAGAGUACAUUAGAGGGAUGCAUGAGGGAUGGCUCGGGCCACUAGAUCCCCCCGCUUCUGUGGACCUAUACGAACCCGCACCGCCUGCGCCUGAAGCUCCGCCAGCUAUCACAUCUGAAAAAGUCCAGGAACAGCCUACACCAAUGGCUCCAGCCGACGAUGCGUCCCCUAUCACUGUCCACGAAACACCAGCACCCUCUGAAGCCGAACCGCCUAAGGAAGAGACAAAGCCGAAGAAGAAGAAGCAGCCUCCGCCGUUCAUCACAACUGCCGAAUAUUCACAGGCACAGCUUCCUCCAACCUGCCCGCAAGCCCUUGGGCCUAGUGCGACUAUCGCACUUCCACACCUGCUCGGUUUCUUCAACUUUCCAAUACGCAUGUAUCGUUUUCUCAACCGACGGAAGGUUGCAGACGAUGCCGGGCGCGAAGUCGUUUCCGCCGUGCUUGCUUCCUACAGACCAUAUGACACCACUGCUUCCGAGCUAGCCAGCAGCGACGAAUACCAAGGCGCGCAAUGGGAACAACAGCGCUUGCUUACACAUGAAGAGCCUGAGUGGCACAAGACGGCGAAGGAAAGAAAAGAGGGCGAAGGAGAGAGGGUUUGGUUGGAUGAUAUGGUCAUUGAUCCGAGAAUCGGAGAGCGAAUGAGAAAGUUUCAGCUAAGUGCAGACGAAGAAGACAGGGCGAACAACAUACCCGUCGGAAAAGAAGGAGCUUCGUGGUUUACCGGGCUGUGGCCGAAGAGAGAGAAACAGCCAUGGGAGGGACUGGAAGAUGAAUCGAACUAAGUGGGAAUGACGCGAAGAGUGAACCGCGUUGUACAUUUAGGUUGAUGUGUUUGUAUAAG